AACCAGUUUGUCAUUAUCCACACAUAAAUGUACAUAUGUAGUACGUCUCUUUCACUUUCUGCGUUUAUUCUCCAAGAUUGAAGAUUUCGUUCACUUACGGCAUUUAAGAUGAACAGAUAGAAUUCGUAAUUUAUAGAUCAACAGUUAAUUCAUAAAAAAAUCGAUAAUCAAUUUAAUUCUAACUUAACGAUUCUCAAAGCAGAAUAUUUCAUUAUGAAUCGAAUAAUCAUACUGCUCACUUUCAUUGCGGAGUUAAAAGCUGCACACGUCCAUUUGGUACCAAAUAACGCUGGAAUGAAAAAUGUAACAGGGGAACUAACUUUGGUUCAAUGCGAGGAUAACUUAAUUGAAAUUACCGGAAAGGUAUAUGGACUUACACCAGGAUUACAUGGUAUCCAUGUACACGAAAAGGGAGACUUACGAGAUGGUUGUAUGUCUACUGGUCCACAUUUCAAUCCUGAGAAUGUCACUCACGGUGGACAAAAUAGUCCGGUGAGACAUGUUGGCGACCUAGGUAACAUAUUAGCGAAUGAAAGCGGAGUUGCUGAUGUAAAUAUCAAAGACUCUAUUAUUUCUUUUACUGGAAAUAACAAUAUCAUAGGACGUGCAAUUGUUAUUCAUUCCGGCGAAGAUGAUCUUGGAAGAGGCAGCAGUCCUCUUUCUGCGUCUACUGGAAAUUCGGGAGAUCGUUGGGCUUGCGGUAUAAUCGAAGCUGAAUAAAUUUCUAAUCUAUAUUUAAUUUUGAUCAUUAUAUUUAUACAUAAUUAGGUCUCAGUAAUUUUGCUUAUACAUUACGUCCAAUAUUAAAAUUUAAAUUCUAAUACCUUAUCCUAUGUUUCUCCUCAUCACAAGAAUCCCAGAACUUUAAUUUCUUUAACAUGCUAUUACUUAUUAAAUAAAUGCUUUCAAAAUGCUA